CCGUUGAGUGUGCCGUGAUGUUCUCGUCUCGGCUCGUCUGUGAUAAGAGAGUGGCAGCAAUCUUAGCCGAAUGUUUGUUUUGAGAGUAGGAAAGUGACGAUAACGUUCCAAACAAUCUUGGCCGCGGACGGACGGUACGUACGCGGAGUCUUUGAACUAGCGCGAAAAGCGUACGUGACUAGUUGCGCUGGCGGGUAUGGCUGGCAGGGUAGUGAGUGUCGGGCGGACGGGCAGGAAAUCCCCCAUAGUAAUCGCACCCAGAGGUGGCGUCGUGCGGGUGAUCGCACACUCGGCGCGACUUUCUUUAUCGUUGCAAAAAUCGACUGGCUCGCAAUGCGCAAUUUAGUGAUUAUUGUCAGGUUUCAGUAGGACACUGCCACGGUAACACACUUUCCGCUUCUGAUCCAUGCAGUCGCCCACGCUCGUCUAUGCACCACUCUGAGCUGCUUCGACCCCACACCUGCCUGACUGGAUCGUAUGCAGAGGUCCUAUCCCAUAGUUUGGCACGCCGUUCGCAAUUGUUUCGCGACUGCCAAUAAUGUCGGGCUGAAGACCCGGAAGAUUUUUGGGCUACGUGCCAAAUCGUACGUAUUUUGCGAUAUCAUCAUAUCAUCUGGAGACGAGUAAAACGUUACAACCGAUACUGCUUCUAAUCGAUCGAGUCGCGUCCGAAACUAGGCUCUCCGGCGUUGAUAGAUAAAACGAAACGUAACCGAGUCCCGCGCGCUAUUAUCGCUCCUAUGUCGGUGCAUACUUUUGCGAGUGCUUUCAUCUCACUUUCCCGAGAAAGCGUCGGUGCUCGGGGCAGCCGUGUGCAUUUCGCAAUCGCUAAUAAAAUCUAUAGAGAAUGAUAAUUUGUCAUAAAUUGCCAGCGACGUGUUGAGCAACGCUCGUAAAUGAAGUUGUAGCCCAUGAAUUGUUGUUACUUGCCAAUAGCAUUCCGCGGUUACAAGUGUUCCCCAGAUUUCAAGUGCAGGCGAUAGACAGACAGAACAAGAAUGGAUCGACGGAGAAUGUUGGCUGAGAAACGGUAUGAGGACUUGUGCAGGAUUAUUAUAGACGAUAUGAAUACAUAUGGCCUAUCCGUUGUGGAUGAUUUCCUUGGCAUGGAUCGAGGUUUGCAAAUAUUAAAUGAAGUUCACAAAAUGUAUGCAUCUGGGGUCUUUCGGGACGGUCAAUUGGUGUCAAACAACAUCCAAGACAGAGAUCAGCGUACAAUUAGAAGUGAUAAAAUAACUUGGGUGAAGGGAACAGAGGAAGGCUGUUCAAAUAUAGGAUAUUUAAUUAAUCAGAUUGAUGCUGUCGUUGGUUUAGCAAAUACAAUGAAAAACAAUGGUUUGUUAAGUAAUUAUAGAAUUCGGGAAAGAACAAAGGCUAUGGUCGCUUGUUACCCAGGGUCUGGUGCACACUAUGUGAUGCAUGUUGACAAUCCAAAUAAGGAUGGUCGUGUAAUAACAGCUAUAUAUUAUUUAAAUUUAAACUGGGAUACACAACGGAGUGGUGGAGUUUUGCGAAUUUUCCCAGAACAUGGCGGAUCUAUAGCCGAUAUUGAACCAAAGUUUGAUCGUAUCAUUUUCUUCUGGUCCGAUCGACGAAAUCCACAUGAAGUACAACCCGCCCAUCGCACGCGUUAUGCAAUAACCGUUUGGUAUUUUGAUGCAAUUGAACGUGAGCGCGCUUUAAAUCGAUGUAGGCAAUAUGACAAAACGUCAACUAGUUGCACAUAGCAUUGAGUGAUCACUGCAUGUAAAAAAAGCUAUUAUAUAUCAAUCUAUUGUUAUCUUAAUGUAUUUAUCAAUUAAAUUUGUAUUAAUUCAAGAUUAUUAAGUUAAGGAUACGCUGUCAACAGUUACUCUCCCAGGUUUAUGAAAUGAAUGAAAAUUAAGCAUGUUAUUUUUGCUUCAAAGUAUAUUUCCCCCCCUCAAAAUUUCGCUCCUAGUGAUAAACGCGUUAAUGAGAAAUGUGGCCUGUAAUAUGUUCUAUGGUCGUUUUGUAUUUUAUACCUUUUUUAAAUGCAAUUUCUUACCAAAGCUAAUUGGAUGCGAGAGUUGAUGAUUUUUUAUUUUUGUGUAUAUAGAAGUAGUAAGGAUAAAUUUAUAAUAACAAAAGGAUUACCCAAAUAUGAAGAUGUAUAUACUCUACGGAAAUUUUAAGAAGAAUAAAAGAAUAUGUUAUUUAUUUAGAA